UCUUCACUGCUGAUAUUUAAUGCAAUGGAUGUGAUAUAUAUAUUUACUGCAUAUAGGAAAAAUUCCCGGGAUUUUAAAGUCAUGGUUGAUUGAUGAGUUUAUAAAUCUGAACAGGAUGUAAACUGUACAGGUAAUGUGCAUCUUAACGACAGAUCCGGAACUUUGUGUUAUAUGCAUCAAGACUGCAGAAACAUAAUUUACAUUUACAUAUGCAAUGUGUACCCUUGGGUGAAGUGAAUUUUGAUGUUAUCUGCUGUAACGCAGUGUUUAUCAUACAUUGGCCUGAAAACUUAAAAUAUACCUGACCAGCUGACUACUGCACCUGUAAAGUCACAUAUCUUGCGCAGGUUAAUUUACUGGUACUGGUGAUAUGUAUAGUGUACCAGAAGCAAUCGCCAUGGACAACGAACAUGAAAGUCUGUCAGGAAUGGAACAGGAAAAAGAUGGAGUUCUGAGUGUUUGGCAGGGUUUCCAAGGAAGUGUGGAAUUGGUGUCCUUCCCAGUAUUGUCCAGGAAGCAGGUCAAGAGAGUUGCACUAGGGGCGAACCACUCUGUGUUCCUAACGAGUGAUCAGGAGGUGUUCUCCUGUGGGAAGAAUAACUAUGGACAGUUGGGUAUCGGGGAACUCGACACGGAGUACGCCUUUGACCCAGUCCCAGUAACAACGCUGGAUGGUCGUUGUGUGGUAGAGGUUGCUUGUGGACUCAACCACUGUGCUGUUGUAACCAAGGAUGGCAGCGCCCUCUGUUGGGGAGACUCAAAACAGGGACAAUGUGGAUUGCAGCAGGACAGAGUUCUGUCCCCUUAUCCAGUUGUCAUCCAACAGGUGUCAAGCAACACUUGUGAACAUGGAGUUCAAGCUGAAGCCAACAACAUAAAGUUCACGGAAGUGGCUUGUGGAGCGACUCAUACGCUUGGUUUGUCUGUCGAUUCGGAAUUGUGGGUAUGGGGAAGUGGGCCAGGGAUAGGGAUAGAGGGCGCCACUGGUGUCAUUCCACCAACGCUGAUAGAAACCCUGUCAGGGAGGAAUAUUCUCAGUAUCUGUUGUGGUGAAAAUCACAGCAUUGUGUUGGUAGAGAAGAGUGUUAUUGGGGAAAGUGACAGAGAUAAACGUCAGAGUACUUCAUCAAUUAUAGAGCUGAAGGCUCACAAAUUUUAUCCUUCAACCUGUGCAAAAUGUCAGUCGGAAAUCUAUACCUACAUGGAAACAAGUGAUACAUGCAUAAUAAGUAAUGAACACAGCUGUGAACACGCCCAGCCAAUCAGUGGCGAUUUUUCAGGGGACGGCACUUCUAACAACCAAUCAGCAGACAAGUCACUGGACAAUUUAGCAUCAGGGCAUGCUGAGGACCAACCCCAUGAAGAUGGUCAGGAAGAUGUGAACAAACAGAUUGAAACUGAAAGUGAUGAUUUGACUUCGCAAAAGACAGAAGAGGAACUUAUUUCCACAGAGAAAGAAAAUUCAGAUAACAUUACAGUGACAAAAAGUGAAGAAACGUCCAUAAGUGAUCCAAAUCCUGGUUGUGAUGAUGUCAUUUCUCCUAGAAUAGGGGAAGAUGCAAUAUCACAAACAAUAGCUGAUGAUCAGCUGACCAGUGGUCAUCAGGUCAAUGACCUGGACCCAGCAGCUGAUUCAAAAUGUCCUCACAAAGAUCCUGUCACUGAAGAAAAGGAUUCAAAAUCCAAAGACUCAACAAUGUCAGAUGUGACUCACCAACCAUUUAGUGACCCUUUGCAGGCCUCAGCUGCUGAAUCCACUGACGAUAAAGCAAGCAACAUCCAAGCAGUGGGGAGAUCUAAGAGUUUUAUGGACGGAAAUGAAGCUCUUCAGUUCCUGUCAAAGCAGUACGAGGAUAAGGACCUUGCUGAGAUACGCCCCAAGACCGUAGAGCAGCGGUCAACGCUUGGUCAUCUGUGGUCAGCUCUGCCCUCGGGUCGUAAUGCAGUUCUGAUGCAGAUGUCUGCUGUACAGCAACAGGUGUCAUCAAUGACUAGCAAGGCGAUCUCCACGGUAACGGACAAAUUGCCUUUUGCAACCAAUCAGGCCAGUAAUGACCCAGUUAGUUGGGACCUUGGCAAUGUCAAGUUAGAUGCUGAAGGUCAAAAACCCAAUAUGGAGAGUGAACAUGAUUUAAUGUCAGAGUCCAACAGCUCCUUAGAUGACCAGAGUUCAAGUAUAUCAACGCCAAGCACAGAGGAUGAACAGGUGCCCGAAAAUACUUCACCCCAGAUGGCAGAGUCUAGUUUCAUAGAGAGGAUUAAUGAGCACACCCCACUUGUUGACUCCAGUAUAGAAGAUUUACGGGAUGGGGAGACAAUUCCAGAAAGAAAGUCAAUGUCUGUUCGAACUUUACAAGUCAAAGAGGAACAAAUGAGCAAGAGAGCAUCUGUCCUAGGUCCCAAGCCUGACCUGCAGGUUGUUCCUUCCAAGGAGGUCAUACUAGACACAGAAGUCUGGUCCUGGGGUCGGAAUUUCCGAGGACAAUUAGGGAUCGGAGAUUCAAUAGACAGAAACAAGCCAUGUUUGGUAAAAGUACUGAAUGGAAAACAAGUUGUCAAGGUUACCGCAGGUUCCCAGCAUUCCUUAGCACUGACGGCAGACUCUCAGGUAUACAGCUGGGGAUCCAAUGUUUCAAAGCAGCUUGGCCACAGUGAAGAAAACUGUAAACCUACCAAACUGAAGGUGAUGUCCGGCUGUCAUAUCUGGGACAUUGCUGCCGGAGAGUGCUUCUCUGUGUUCCUGAUGGAUCGGUCAGGAUUCCAACCGGAGGUUCACUAUGUUGGAAAACACCCUUGCCAGGAAGUGUAUGUGCCUAUAUACAAAACAGAGAGGCUGGUUGCACUCAGUUUUCUCAAACAGGCGGGAUGGAUUCGAGCUUUAUCUGCAGGGGGAGACAACUGUGCCUGUCUUUCCUGUUGGAGUUUUUCUGGACACAUAGGUUCUGUUUUUGAACUGAUAUCACAAGAGCGUAGAUUCUUCCAUCAUUUGACACGGAUACGAAAACUUGUAGUGAACACCCUUCAGCGUCACCCCUUCUACACCUCACUGGACGUCUAUCCUUAUAAGUCAACACUACAGAACCUGCUCUCCUCCUUCACUAAAGUCUAUGAACAGGUGGGGCGAUGCUAUGUGGAAAUGAACCGGAUGGUCGGGGAUGGUGAAAAUGUACUGAAGGCAUCGUUCUUUAGUAACUAUGGCAACUUGGCAGAUUACAUAAAACGGUACAUGAUUGCUUUUGGGGACAUGCUUGGCAUCAGUGGCUUUGAGUACUGUGGAAAAAUGGGCAGUGCCUACUUUGAAGGUAUAGCAAAGGUUUUUACACUAAUUUUGGAGGAAAAGAAAGUCGAAAAAGCCCAGUUUGGGAACACAUUCCAAAAACUAAUGGCCGCUCCACUCCAGCACGUAAAGGAGUACAGCAGAUUGGCAGACAAACUUGCAGGCAACUAUGAAAGUGGUUCUGAGGAGUAUGAGGCACUGAACAAAGUCUCUCUCAAGUGGAACAGUCUACAGCACUUUAUAGCCACAGAACAGACCAUGGCGGCCAACACAGGUGUAUUCUGGGAAACCAUCAAUCAACAGAAACUCGUGGAUGCCCUGAAGAUUCCUAGUCGACGUUUGGUCCGGGACAGUAAGACACACCCACUCACUCUACAGGGGGCGGGUCGCUUCUCUGUCAAUCACUUCAUCCUCUUCAACGAUUUGUUUGUACAUUCACAGUAUUCAAGCUACCAGGUGUUCAAGUUAGAGACACUGUGGGUGGAGACGCCAUCUUCUGACAGUGACAAGAAGCAGCAUCAGAUUACCAUUACAGCUCCGGAGGAUAAACUGUUUCUCCUAGCUCCAUCCACUGCCGUCAAGACUGAGUGGAUUAUGGCCCUUAAUUCGACUAUUAACAAAGUGAUCACAAGCCAGAAGUUGGUGACGAGGCGUGGAAGUAUGGAACGCAUGGCGCCUCCUGGUGUCAGGCAGGCAACUCACACAUUUGCUAAGCACAGCAUUUACAAAGAUGCGUGUUACACUGGAACAUUUCUGAAUGGUUUAGUCCAUGGACAUGGUGAGAUAAAGUGGAGUGACGGAAGGAAUUACACAGGCAGCUUCAGGGAUGGAAAGCAGCAUGGACAUGGGCGUUUGUUGAUACUCCAGGACGAUGGCAAGGAGCGUUGUCAAGAAGGGUACUGGAGAGACGGACGACUGCAUGGUAUCGGGAAAGUCAAAUAUGCCAAUGGCGAUGUGUACGAGGGCUAUUUUAGGGAAGGCAUGAGACAGGGACAUGGGACAUAUCGUCAUGGAGGCCACAACAGUAACUCAGCCAGUAUAUAUAUUGGGGAGUGGAACCAAGACCAGAAACAGGGAUACGGGGUCAUCGAUGAUGUACUCAAAGGUGAGAAGUACAUGGGAAUGUGGAAUGAUGGCAAUCGUCAUGGUAACGGAAUCGUUGUUACCCUGGAUGGCAUGUACUUUGAGGGAAACUUCACCUCUGGAAAGAUGACGGGAUUUGGCUUGAUGCUGACGGAUGACAACAGUUGUUACGAGGGAGAUUUUAAUGGUAUCACACAGCUUCAGGGAAAGGGGGUGUUGACGUUGCCAACUGGAGACAAGAUUGAAGGCACAUUUAAUGGCAGCUGGAAUGAGGGACUCAAGUUGAAUGGCACAUUUCAUAAGACAUCGACGCCAGACGAGCGCCGGUCGAAUCACACUGUGGGUCUCAGCUCCAGCCAUUUCAAGAAGCUGUGUGUCCCCCCAGACAAACGCUGGUCUGAUAUGUUCCAUCACUGUUCCUCAAUCUUGGGGUUCAAAGGUCGAGGAAAGCCCGACACUGCCAAGGCGUGGGAGGCCGUGGCUGUGAUGGUAACGAGGGGUCGGGAAUCUCUCUGGGAGGCAAAACAAAGAGGAACGCUGCGACGAGGCACCAAGAUGGAACAGCUAGAGGAUCUGGAGAAAAUCCCUCCUUUUAAUGCUGGGAAGUUGACUAUAGAGGUGUACACACAGAUCAAGGUCUACCUCCAGAAGGCCUUUGAUACAAACUUUCACCCCCUGGGACAAGUGAUGGAGGGACUUGUGGACGUCUUCCGGGCUGCCUAUAUCGGGGUUGGAGCACAUCCCAGACUCCUGGCUCAUGCUGUACAGGAAGUGAUGUCAUUCAUCAAGCGUCUUUUCAAGAUAGUCAGAAUCUUGUUUCCUGACCUGCCAAUAAAUGGGGGACCGUUACAGAUUGUGUCGGAGGAUGUAUUAGCUAGAAGGAAGGAUUAUCCACACAGCGACACAGAGUCUAUUGACAGUGCACUACUGGACAGCGAUGAGAAAAUAGAGAUUGUGACUGCUGGGAGUCUGUUACAACCACUGCUGCUCCCCAAGAUUUAUCCCCCUUUGUUUGACCUGUAUGCUCUCUACAACGACAAGGAGGACGAACGGUACUGGGAGAGGGUACAGAAACUCAACAAACAGGGUGACAUGGCUCUGAUGGCUUACCUUGGCAUAGACCAGCGAUUCUGGUUGAUAGAGGAGAUCAUGUUUCAGGAUAAAAGAAAGAGAUUGUCCAGCCUUCGUGAUCACUGCUACCUGUCCUCUGUCGAUACCUUACAGCAGAUCAGCACGGCCUUCAGCCCCAAAGAGAAACUAGAGGUGAUACAAAAAACAUUCCUGGAAAUUACUAAGACGGUUCAGCUGGCUCUGAAUGAGGACCACAUGUGGUGCAUGGAUGAACUGUUUCCUGUCUUCCAGUAUGUGGUGGUUCGUUCUAAGAUCCGACACCUGGGGGCCGAGGUUCACUUGAUAGAAGAUCUGAUGGAAUCUCAUCUUGAAAAUGGAGAACUAGGGAUCAUGUUCACUACUCUACAUGCUUGUUACUAUCAGAUACAGAAUGAGAAGCUACCGAGUCACUGAGUCCCAACAACCCCCACCAUUUACAUAACCCUGGCACAUGUCACGGUUUAGUAAAGCCAUUUGACAUUUUAAGUUUGUGGAUGUGGAAAUGCAACAUUUUCUUCAGUGUAGUAUACUCACUUUUAUUUGGAACUUCAAAAUAUGUCCAAUUUACUUGAUGUCACAAAACUUCCUGAUUGCAAUUCUUAACAAUGGACAUUUUGCCCGUUAUACAUUUGUAUACUUGUAUAUAUUUAAUACUUUGGCACUAUAUAAUUGCAUUUACAAUGAUUUGAAAUAUGGUGAGAAUAUCUGCAUCUUUUUCUGUUUCGUGAUAUUUCAACUUACCUAUAAGGUUUUAUUUCAGCAUUCAUACUCAGCUGAAAUAGAAUAUAUUUUGUAUAAAAUCCCAUUGGGGGCCCUAAUACUAUACAUCGGUCCAUAUUUAUGAUUUGUUUUCAUUCUCAAGCAUGGAUUUGUUUUGAAACGAACUUUCAAUCAUGUGUCACGGUAAAAAAAGGUCAAGUUUACACACUGAAAAUGGCUUUUGGCACUAAGUCUCUCCAAAAUGCUUCUAGAUUAUUGAUAAAAGUAUUUUGUUUUGUCAUGUUAACAAAAACAAAAUGGCCUUGAGCACAGAACCUGAGUUUGAGUAUGAGAACAGUUACAUACAUGAAUACAGUCAAGCAAUGAGUUCUCAUCACUCUUGUGUACCUGGUAAGCUUAGGUUGAAAGGAAUCACUGACUCAUAUUUUGUAACAAAAUGUCAAUUAUUAUGGUUCUUGUUAUACAAGAGAAGCUGGGUUACAUGUAUUUGAGUUCUAGAAAUCCUCAAUGCACAUUGUUCUACAGUUUUAGGUGUAGAGCUAUUACUGGUUGUCAUUUGUGGUUUUGUUUUGGGAUCCUUUUAAGUUUCUUUAUAGUAGGGUAUAUGGUGGGGUUGUCCCCACUGAGGAACCACCAAGAUACAAGAAUUUUUAAAGAACGUCGCAUAUUAAAAACAAUAAAACAUUAGCACUGUAGUGCUAUUCUUACGACAAACAUGAAGUAUAAUAACAAUCACAUGCAGGUUAUUAGAAACACUAGUUACAUGACAGGCAAAUGUCACAGAGGCAAUUUAACAAGUUAAACAAAGCAGCACAUACAUAAUCACAGAAAGGUAGCAUAAUAAUUUCAAUUUAUAAAAACUAGGUUUAAGUACUGUAAACUUGUAUGUAACACAAGUAUUUCUAAUUAAGGGUUAAAGCACCAUUACAGUGAAAUAUACACAUAUGCUGAUAUAGCAAAACGUGAAAAUUGACAGGAUAUACACCAAUAUAAUGUGAUUUAAAAGGGACACUGAUGUCAGUCACCAGUAAGAUUUAUAUCUAUUAACUUAUGUUUGAAAUAUUUGAUUAAAUUAUGCUGCAUGACGUUCCAAAAUUUAGAUUAUUAAAAACAGGGAGCACAUAACGCCCCACGGUCCUCAAGCGUGGGAUUGAUUUUGAAAUCCAUGUAUUUUCCUUAUAUGGAAAUCCCUUCAGAAAAUUGGAACCCUUAUAUAUUUGUUAAAUGUUAAAGUUACUACUGAUGUCUUUGCUAAUAAGAGCUUUAAGAAAUGAAUAAUUUGGAAAUAUCUGCAGCAUUUUAGACUUUGGAAACAAAAAAGCACCCAGGAACUAAAAGACUUUGGGUAUCAGACUUGUUAAUGGUGAUAUUUACCUGUACACAAUUAAGAUGUUAAUCAUGGAAAACUUUCUAAUAUAUGUGGUACAUAUUUUUUGUAAUUAGUUUGAAGGUGAUAGGUUUUAUUUAACCUUCAGAUAUUCUAUUGUCCGAAAGUGGUGCAAUAAAUUUGGCACAGGCUAUUUUAAAUCAUUUUGGCAUCUCCAGUCAACAUUUAAACAACAUAUUAUGUUACAGUCAGCCAUUGAUCAAUAACC